AUUGGGUUGAGGCUUCAUUUUUGUCACAGGGAAACAAACCAGGAAAUUCUUUCUGGUAUGUGGAACUCAAUUGCCGCUAUAAAGACGCGGUUUUCAAUUGCUGUUCGCAAAGCUCUACAGAAAAAUGUUACAAAUUCAAGAUCGCUGCCAAAGCAGUAUGCUACUACUGCAAAUACCGAGAAAGAUGGUUUUAGAGACUAUAAUUCAGCAAAACCAUUCAAAGAAAUCCCAAUCCUGACGAGACUUCCAGUUAUAGGAACUGCUGGACACCAAUUACCUUGCUUUGGUACAUAUGAUUUGGAAUUGCAAUUCAAUGAAGGGAAGAGAUUUGUUGGUGACAUAUUUCGAGAAAAGUUUGGAUCAAGGGAUAUUGUUGUUUCCUUUAGUCGUGAAGAUCUCGAAACCUUAUAUAAAUAUGAUGAAAAAUAUGGCAGAAAACUUAACUUUCCAAUUGAUGAAGAUGCCUUGCAGAUUUUUAAAAAAGAAGAUGUGCAAAUGAUUGAAAAAGAAUGGUAUCGUUUGAGAGAUUUUGCUAGGCAGUCGAUGUUAACUCCUAACGGUGCAAAGACCUUCUUAAACAGCAUUCACGCUGUUUCAGUAGAUUUCAUCAAAAGAAUGGAUACAUUUUAUGGCGAAACCCAAGAAACUCAAGACUUGAUGAAAGAAAUGUAUAGAUGGGCUCUAGAAUCUAUCUUUGUUGUUGGACUUAAUACCAGAAUAGGAUGCCUUGAUUUACCUCCAAGAUCUGAUGGCAAAAGAAUGUUCGAACUACUAAUGAGCCAGUUUGAGUGUAUGCAGACUUUGGAAGGUUUUGCCGGCAGCCUACAGUUAUGGAAGUCUUUGCCUAUAAAUACAAUGGCACGCUAUCAAAGAUCUGCAGCUGAAUACAAUCGCUUAGCCAUAAAGCAUUUUGAUGGUGCUUUGUCUGAUCUGGCUAAGACGUAUGUAAAACAACAUGCUGAUAAAAGUGAACUACAACCGACUUUUCUCAUGAACUGGUUGAAAGAAGGAUUGGACACCAAGACUGCUAUGCUUGUUUUUCUAGAUAUUCUACUAACAGGCGUUCAAACGACAUCUCACGCUGCGGGAUUUUUGCUUUACCAUUUGGCAAAGAAUCCAAAGAAACAAGAACUGAUGUUUGAAGAGCUACGAGAAAUACUACAACCCUCAAAUGAUGGCAGCAUUUCCUACGAAACUUAUGACAAGUUAAAGUACUCGAAGGCUUGCUUGAAGGAAUCGCUUAGAUUGACCCCAGUUGUUGGCGGAAUAAUUCGAGCUUGCAGCAAAAAUCUGGUCAUUUCCGGCUAUCAAGUACCCGCAGGGACAUUGAUCGCCUUGGGAUUUCAACCAAUGAGUUUAAAUGAAGAAGAAUUUGAUGAUCCUGAAGAAUUUAUACCAGAGAGGUUCCUGGUAACAUCACAGCAGGCCUCCCAAUUUUCUCUUCUACCAUUUGGAGGAAUAGGACCAAGAACAUGUGUGGGUCGAAGAAUUGCUCAGCAAGAAGUCAUUUGCCUUGUCACUGAGAUCCUCAAAAAGUAUAGAUUAGAAUACCACGGAGAUGAUGUUGAUGUCUAUGCGCAAUUAACCUGUCGUCCAACAUCUCCCAUUAAGAUGACAUUCAUCAGAAGAUAAGAAAGAGGAUUAUCUCUUAAAAAGAUUCUAGUCUUUUUUUUAAUUUAAUAUGUUGCAUAAGUACAAAUUUUUUUUCAAGGCUCAACACAGCCAAAAACAUGUGUACUGAAGUUUUUUUUUAACCUCUUGUGUAAUUUGACUGUAUCUAUAAAAAACUUAGUGCCAGUUUGCUGUGUUUUUUACAAAAAAAUAAAUAUGUAAUU